GAAUAUCCUGGAUAUUGAGGAAUAUACAGAGAGCCAUUUCGGAAAUCGGCCUGAUUUCAUCUCUUUUCCAUCUGUUCGAAGAAAAAGAAGAAUCCCAAAAAAAUAAUUUAGCUUGUUGCUUUUAUGAAAAUUGAUCUCAAAUAACAGCCAAAAAUGGCGGAGCCAUUGAGCCAAAACUUUAACGAAACGAGCAAAGAGAGAUUGAUUCCCAAAUAUUCAGAGUAUGGAUUGGAUCCAUCAUUUUACGUCGAACGCGAAGGAUUUUGGGGUCGAUUAUGCAAUAGAAUUAAGAAAUCAUGCAGUAAUGUUAAACACGGUUCGAUCAAGGCAAUUGAUAUGGGUCGUAAGGACCCUCGAAAGGUCAUUUUUGCUGCUAAAAUGGGUUUAGCUCUUUCCCUUGUUUCGGUUAUCAUUUUCUUCAAAGAGCCCUUAUCCUAUAUUGGUACAUAUUCCAUUUGGGCCAUCCUCACUGUUGUCGUCGUAUUCGAGUUCAGCAUAGGUGCGACACUCAGCAAAGGAUUCAACAGGGCUUUGGGGACAUUGUCUGCCGCAGGACUAGCUGUAGGCAUUGCUGAAUUAUCUGUUAUGGCUGGAGAUUGGCAGGAGGUUGUGAUUGUGGUCAGCAUUUUUGUUUCAGGUUUUCUUGCAACUUACUUGAAAUUGUAUCCUGCAAUGAAGCAAUAUGAAUAUGGAUUUCGGGUGUUCUUGUUGACAUAUUGUAUUGUGCUGGUAUCGGGAACUUCACAUUUUUUUCACGCAGCUGUUUCGCGAUUGUUGCUAAUUGGAGUUGGUGCUGGUGUCUGUUUGCUUGUAAAUGUUGGCCUCUACCCUAUUUGGGCUGGUGAAGAUUUGCACAAAUUGGUGGUAAAGAAUUUUAAACGUGUUUCUACUUCUUUGGAAGGUUGUGUCAAUGGAUAUUUGCAAUGUCUUGAAUAUGAUCGGAUACCAUCAAAAAUUCUUGUUUACCAGGCCUCUGAUGACCCUGUGUAUAGCGGAUACAGGGCCGCUUUGGAGUCAACAAGCCAAGAGGAUUCUCUGCUAACUUUUGCUGAAUGGGAACCCCCUCAUGGCCGUUACAAGAUGUUCAAUUAUCCGUGGGCUGAUUAUGUUAAAGUCAGUGGUGCAUUGAGGCAUUGCGCUUUCAUGGUCAUGGCUAUGCAUAGCUGUAUUCUUUCAGAAAUACAGGCAGCAUCUGAUUUGAGGCAAAUCUUCUGCAAGGAGAUCCAGAGAGUUGGGAUUGAAGGAGCUAAAGUAUUACAACAUCUUGGAGACAAAGUUGAAAAAAUGGAGAAACUUAGCCCUAGAGACCUUCUCGAAGAAGUUCAUGAGGCUGCUGAGGAUCUACAACUGUUGAUUGACCAAAAAUCUUAUCUUUUGGUUCAGGUGGAGAACUGGGAAAAUGCAAAGCAAGCUAACCAGUUUGAAGAUCCUGAACAUAUUCAGGAACUGAAAGACAAUGAACCUAAAGGCAUUGGGAUAAACUCCCUUAGUGAAGCAGGUCUCAAUCUAAGGUCUGCUCAUACAUUGAAACACAUGGAUACUUAUAAUCGAAAUUCAAGUAUGAAUAUUUCUGCUGCACAAAUGUCUUCCUCUGGAAAUGUGUUCAAUCCGAUGGUGUGGCCUUCACGACUUUCAAUUCUUGGAGAUGUGAUUUUAAAUGAACGUGAAGUACGUACAUUUGAAAGUGCAUGUCCAUUGUCAUUGGCCACUUUUACUUCCUUGUUAAUUGAGUUUGUUGCAAGACUUCAAAAUCUUGUAAAUGCAUUUCAACAGCUUAGUGAGAAGGCAAAAUUUAAGGAACCCGUAGAUGCAGCUGGUGCAGAGGAGGCAGCUAACUUGUAG